AUGCUGCAGGACGGAGAGGCAUCGGGCUGUCGCCGCGGUAACCACGUUAUUACUGGGGCUGUGUGGUUUUGCCUCACCUCCUCCCCACCCUCACCUCCUCCCGACCACCACCUCCUCCCGAUCCUCACCUCCUCCCGACCCUCACCUCCUCCCGACCCUCACCUCCUCCCGACCCUCACCUCCUCCCGACCCUCACCUCCUCCCGACCCUCUCCUACUCCCGACCAUCACCUCCUCCCGGCCUCCACCUCCUCCCGAUCCUCACCUCCUCCUGACCCUCACCUCCUCCCGAUCCUCACCUCCUCCCGACCCUCACCUCCUCCCGACCCUCACCUCCUCCCGGCCUCCACCUCCUCCCGACCCUCACCUCCUCCCGACCCUCACCUCCUCCCGACCCUCACCUCCUCCCGACCUCCACCUCCUCCCUUCCACCACCUCCUCCCGACCCUCACCUCCUCCCGAUCCUCACCUCCUCCCGACCCUCACCUCCUCCCGACCCUCACCUCCUCCCGACCAUCACCUCCUCCCGACCUCCACCUCCUCCCGAUCCUCACCUCCUCCCGACCCUCACCUCCUCCCGACCCUCACCUCCUCCCUUCCACCACCUCCUCCCGACCCUCACCUCCUCCCGAUCCUCACCUCCUCCCGACCUCCACCUCCUCCCGAUCCUCACCUCCUCCCGACCCUCACCUCCUCCCGACCCUCACCUCCUCCCGAUCCUCACCUCCUCCCGACCCUCACCUCCUCCCGAUCCUCACCUCCUCCCGACCCUCACCUCCUCCCGACCCUCACCUCCUCCCGACCCUCACCUCCUCCUGACCCUCACCUCCUCCCGACCCUCACCUCCUCCCUCACCACUCCACCACCUCCCUCCCGAUCCUCACCUCCUCCCGAUCCUCACCUCCUCCCGAUCCUCACCUCCUCCCGAUCCUCACCUCCUCCCUUCCACCACCUCCUCCCGACCCUCACCUCCUCCCGAUCCUCACCUCCUCCCGAUCCUCACCUCCUCCCGAUCCUCACCUCCUCCCUUCCACCACCUCCUCCCGAUCCUCACCUCCUCCCGACCCUCACCUCCUCCCGACCCUCACCUCCUCCCGACCAUCACCUCCUCCCGACCUCCACCUCCUCCCGAUCCUCACCUCCUCCCGACCCUCACCUCCUCCCGACCCUCACCUCCUCCCUUCCACCACCUCCUCCCGACCCUCACCUCCUCCCGAUCCUCACCUCCUCCCGACCUCCACCUCCUCCCGAUCCUCACCUCCUCCCGACCCUCACCUCCUCCCGACCCUCACCUCCUCCCGAUCCUCACCUCCUCCCGACCCUCACCUCCUCCCGAUCCUCACCUCCUCCCGACCCUCACCUCCUCCCUUCCACCACCUCCUCCCGGCCUCCACCUCCUCCUCCCGAUCCUCACCUCCUCCCGACCCUCACCUCCUCCCGACCCUCACCUCCUCCCUUCCACCACCUCCUCCCGACCCUCACCUCCUCCCGAUCCUCACCUCCUCCCAACCCUCACCUCCUCCCGACCAUCACCUCCUCCCGACCUCCACCUCCUCCCGGCCUCCACCUCCUCCCGACCCUCACCUCCUCCCGACCAUCACCUCCUCCCGACCUCCACCUCCUCCCGAUCCUCACCUCCUCCCGACCCUCACCUCCUCCCGACCCUCACCUCCUCCCGACCCUCACCUCCUCCCGACCCUCACCUCCUCCCGACCCUCACCUCCUCCCGACCAUCACCUCCUCCCGGCCUCCACCUCCUCCCGAUCCUCACCUCCUCCUGACCCUCACCUCCUCCCGAUCCUCACCUCCUCCCGACCCUCACCUCCUCCCGACCCUCACCUCCUCCCGGCCUCCACCUCCUCCCGACCCUCACCUCCUCCCGACCCUCACCUCCUCCCGACCCUCACCUCCUCCCGACCUCCACCUCCUCCCUUCCACCACCUCCUCCCGACCCUCACCUCCUCCCGAUCCUCACCUCCUCCCGACCCUCACCUCCUCCCGACCCUCACCUCCUCCCGACCAUCACCUCCUCCCGACCUCCACCUCCUCCCGAUCCUCACCUCCUCCCGACCCUCACCUCCUCCCGACCCUCACCUCCUCCCUUCCACCACCUCCUCCCGACCCUCACCUCCUCCCGAUCCUCACCUCCUCCCGACCUCCACUCCUCCCGAUCCUCACCUCCUCCCCGACCCUCACCUCCUCCCGACCCUCACCUCCUCCCUUCCACCACCUCCUCCCGACCCUCACCUCCUCCCGACCCUCACCUCCUCCCGACCCUCACCUCCUCCCGGCCUCCACCUCCUCCCCGACCAUCACCUCCUCCCGACCCUCACCUCCUCCCUUCCACCACCUCCUCCCGACCCUCACCUCCUCCCUUCCACCACCUCCUCCCGACCCUCACCUCCUCCCGAUCCUCCCCUCCUCCCGACCUCCACCUCCUCCCGAUCCUCACCUCCUCCCGACCCUCACCUCCUCCCGACCCUCACCUCCUCCCUUCCACCACCUCCUCCCGACCCUCACCUCCUCCCGACCCUCACCUCCUCCCGACCCUCACCUCCUCCCGGCCUCCACCUCCUCCCGACCAUCACCUCCUCCCGACCCUCACCUCCUCCCUUCCACCACCUCCUCCCGACCCUCACCUCCUCCCUUCCACCACCUCCUCCCGACCUCCACCUCCUCCCGAUCCUCACCUCCUCCCGACCCUCACCUCCUCCCGACCCUCACCUCCUCCCAACCCUCACCUCCUCCCGACCAUCACCUCCUCCCGACCUCCACCUCCUCCCGGCCUCCACCUCCUCCCGACCCUCACCUCCUCCCGACCAUCACCUCCUCCCGACCUCCACCUCCUCCCGAUCCUCACCUCCUCCCGACCCUCACACUCCUCCCGACCCUCACCUCCUCCCGACCCUCACCUCCUCCCGACCCUCACCUCCUCCCGACCCUCACCUCCUCCCGACCCUCUCCUACUCCCGACCAUCACCUCCUCCCGGCCUCCACCUCCUCCCGAUCCUCACCUCCUCCUGACCCUCACCUCUUCCCGAUCCUCACCUCCUCCCGACCCUCACCUCCUCCCGACCCUCACCUCCUCCCGGCCUCCACCUCCUCCCGACCCUCACCUCCUCCCGACCCUCACCUCCUCCCGACCCUCACCUCCUCCCGACCUCCACCUCCUCCCUUCCACCACCUCCUCCCGACCCUCACCUCCUCCCGAUCCUCACCUCCUCCCGAUCCUCACCUCCUCCCGACCCUCACCUCCUCCCGACCCUCACCUCCUCCCGACCAUCACCUCCUCCCGACCUCCACCUCCUCCCGAUCCUCACCUCCUCCCGACCCUCACCUCCUCCCGACCCUCACCUCCUCCCUUCCACCACCUCCUCCCGACCCUCACCUCCUCCCGAUCCUCACCUCCUCCCGACCUCCACCUCCUCCCGAUCCUCACCUCCUCCCGACCCUCACCUCCUCCCGACCCUCACCUCCUCCCUUCCACCACCUCCUCCCGACCCUCACCUCCUCCCGACCCUCACCUCCUCCCGACCCUCACCUCCUCCCGGCCUCCACCUCCUCCCGACCAUCACCUCCUCCCGACCCUCACCUCCUCCCUUCCACCACCUCCUCCCGACCCUCACCUCCUCCCUUCCACCACCUCCUCCCGACCCUCACCUCCUCCCGACCCUCACCUCCUCCCAAUCCUCACCUCCUCCUGACCCUCACCUCCUCCCGGCCUCCACCUCCUCCCGACCCUCACCUCCUCCCGACCCUCACCUCCUCCCGACCCUCACCUCCUCCCGACCCUCACCUCCUCCCGAUCCUCACCUCCUCCCGACCACCACCUCCUCCCGACCCUCACCUCCUCCCGACCCUCACCUCCUCCCGACCCUCACCUCCUCCCGGCCUCCACCUCCUCCCGACCCUCACCUCCUCCCGACCCUCACCUCCUCCCGGCCUCCACCUCCUCCCGACCCUCACCUCCUCCCGACCCUCACCUCCUCCCGACCAUCACCUCCUCCCGACCCUCACCUCCUCCCGACCUCCACCUCCUCCCGACCCUCACCUCCUCCCGACCCUCACCUCCUCCCGAUCCUCACCUCCUCCCGACCCUCACCUCCUCCCGAUCCUCACCUCCUCCCGACCAUCACCUCCUCCCGAUCCUCACCUCCUCCCGACCAUCACCUCCUCCUGA